AGAUAUUAAAAAUUAGGUCAGUCGACAUCUUCUUCUUCCCCGUGCUCGCCGGAGAAAGUAGAGCAACCAAUUCUUUUCAUAGUAAUAGUAUGCUUGUUAACCACAGACAAGUUCUCAAUCCUUCUCAUUGCUCUCUGAGAUUUGUUUCAUCUGGAGGUUAUUCUGUUCUUCACUCAAGUGGUCUUCAGCACUGGUUCAAAAAUUGGCAAGGACACAGAAAACAUAAACUGACAGCUAGCACUUUUGCUGCCGCCGUUGGUUUUUUUCGUCGCCGAAGACUCCAGCUUUGGUUAGAGAAGAUUGGAGCAAUUGAGCCAUUUUCGGGUAACCUGAGUACCUGUUGGAGCAAUAUCAAAGAAGAGGAAGCACUUGAAAGAUACAAGCUGAUAACAGGAAAUUCUGUCUUGUUUCCUGAAUUUCAAGUCUAUGGUAAUACAAAUGCUGGAGAUGAUUGGCUAGGAGCUUCACCAGACGGGGUGGUUGAUAGGCUGGUAUACGGAUUGUCUUCACGAGGAGUACUGGAGAUUAAGUGCCCAUUUUUCGAUGGAAAUAUGAAAAAGGCUACCCCUUGGUCGCGAAUUCCUCUGUACUGUGUUCCACAGGCUCAGGGUUUAAUGGAAAUACUUGACAGGGAUUGGAUGGAUUUCUAUGUUUGGACUCCUAAAGGGAGUAGCCUAUUCAGGUUAUACCGGGAUGCAGAAUACUGGGAUGUUUUGAAAAUGGUUCUCUCAGAUUUUUGGUGGAAUCAUGUCCAGCCAGCGAGGGAGAUGUGCAGUAAGUCUCAGAUUACGGAUCCCCUCGUUGAAUUAAGAUCGCUCAAACCAGCACCCAGGCAUGAAAUGUGUAGUUAUAUAGUUUAUGAAAGCAAACGCGUUGUUGAUAGCUCCAAGUUAUUGAUGCGUGAAAUCAAUGGCAAACUGAUGAACUGAUGCUAGGCACCUUGAGCUCGAAACACAAUACAAUACCUAUUAGGUUUACUUCGUCGUCCCUGUUAUCAUUUUGCAGAAACACCUUGCAUUUGCCUUUCAAAAUAUCACAUUACUACUGGAAAAAGAAAAGGAAGACAAGUUAAAGUUGUUGAUGAGCCUUAAAACUUACCCAAGUCUCCAUCAUGAUUUCCAUCAUCCAUGCUCAUGAUCGUGAAUGUAACAUGAUGUUUGUUUAUGAUGAUUUUCAUUGCACUCAUUCACUUUUCAAUCCAAGUGGAAAUUGUUCAUGAGAGCAUACAUGUCUGACAUUUAUCCGCCCCGAAUGGCAGAGAAGUUUCCAUAUCGGAGAGGCCUUGAACUACCAAAGAAGAAUCUUUACAUCAUCAAUUCUUCGAAUGAA